CUUGCGUAUCAUCAGGUGAAACGAGACAAGCGUGGAAUGAAUUUCAAUUCGAUUUAAUAUUGUUCUAAUAAGCCAAUGGCUAUGGAAACAUCAGCAACGAAAGUGACCAACACUAAUUGAAGUGCGAAAAUAAUAUUAACGCGUAUAUGGAGUUCGACCGCAAACGUUGGCGUUCGUGCAAUAUGAGCGGCAGGAUCGGAACGCGAAAUCGUUCUGAAGGAGACUUGGUCAUCGACAAUGUGCUUAGCACCCAAUCGGAAUUGGGACCCACUAUUCCAGAUGGCGGGUAUGGAUGGAUUGUUUUUCUCGUCACCUUGUUCUUUCAGCUACUGAUCCCCAGCUUGUUGGCAAGCUUCGGCAUUUUACUCCCCUUUGUUAGUAUGAAGUCAGCGGAAGCGAAUGGUGGCACAUUGAAGUUGUGGGACAACUCCAUUUUGCACACGCCUCUAUUCUUUAUUGCGUCUUGGACUGUAUGGGAGCCGGCUAGUCGUCAAUUUAUCACUCACAGUAAAUGGCCCAAGUUAUUUGCAACCGCUGGCACCUGCUUCAUAUGUGCUGGACUUCUUUUUUUAUGGAUGGGCAUCACUGGGAACAACCAAUCGUGGCUCUUUAUUCUAAGCGGCAUCCUAUCGGGUUUGGGUGCUUCGAUUCAAAUGGCCCAAUGUCAAAUUAUUAUCGCACAAUAUUUUCGGCUAAAAUUGCCGAUCUUAAAUCAUUUAAGCCACGCUACAUCCGCGCUUGGAUUCAUUCUAGCGCCCAUCGUUCUAGGGCAUCAUUUACUAAUAAAUAGUGAAACGCAAGUGAUAUUGUGGUAUCAGGCCGUCAUUUUACAAGGAAUAGUACUAAAUUUGUUCCUUCGCAAGCCGAUGUACUUGAAGUCAAAAAUCGUCAACAGUUAUGACUAUGUAACGACACACCCCGAUGAUGAGGAGGAUAUAUUUUCGAAGAACUCGCGCGAAUUGCAAAUCUCUGUACAGAGUCAACACGGAGCUCAAAUUCGUACUGAGGAGUUGUCCGGCACACAAUCAAACGACGAACAUCAUGGGCACAACGAAGAAGGCAAAAACGAGCAGAGGGCAAACAUUGAAAACCAAGCCACCAAGAACUGGGAAACGUUUGAUGACGAUGGCGAAGAAACCACGAAAUAUCAGCGAGUUGAAAAUUGGGAUGAAACCACUGAGCCAGCAGGUGUUGCUGACGAAACGAUUGCAGACAAACAGUAUAAGCAGUGGCAGACUUUCGAGGAUGAACCUGGAUCACGCAACAACAAAAAUCUGCAAUUAGAAAUGUCGUUUGGAACCACACGAGAACCAUCAGAGAGCAGGCCAGCAAUGGACUCCACCACAAUCACACGUACGCCGAUGCCUCUAUACUCGGACAGCCUGCCCAAUAACAGCAACUUCUCGUACGACCUGGCUGAGGAUGGCCCAGAUGCUUCAAAAUUUUCGAUUUUCGUUCCAAUUCCAGUUAAUUCUGGAACAAACCACUCAUUUAUAGUAGAUAUUCGGAGCGCACUUGAACUUCUGCGUGAGCCCACCUUUUACAAAUCCUUUCUCACUGUCAUGACUACAAAGUGGUCCUUAUUUGUGUUCUUCUCUUUGUACCCGAGCUUCUUAUUUCAGGAAGUGAAAGAGAUCCGACUAUCACAUCUGGCAAAUUUAGUCGGUACCAUAUCUUUGGCUACGUUUUUAUUUUCCGCAGUGGCAUACUGGAUCAAUAUUGAAAAAAAGUGGCGCCCCAAAACCAUUUGGAUCCUCAGUUGGAUCGGCGCUAUCGGAUACUUUAUGGUUUCAGACUAUGUGAGUGAAGGUCUGCUCAUUUUCGGGGCUGUUCAAAUUGUCCUAAGCAUUGCCGCUCUGGAGCACGUCGCCACGCCGUUACUCUGCAUGACCGUGAAAGGAGAAGCGACUAAAGAGUUUACGCUAAUCUGCCUAUUAACAGGAAUAACGCUUCUGUUCUUCGUUCUUGUUGAUUCAAGUUUGAAGCAAAUUUUCCGUAUGAUGGCACUCCUAAACUUCCUGACGGGCUGCAUGUGGUUAGCCAAUUACAUUUACAAGCGUCUGUUCAAGUGAUUUUCCGUCGAGUCUUUUUAAGACACCAACCACUUUUCACUCGGCCUUUGUACUGGAUUCUCCCCGAAUCCAGUACAUGUAAGUACAUAUGUAUAAGAUCAGUAGCUAGAAAUGUUUAGAAAUAAAUCCGAUGCUUUAAGAGUAAA